CGUGACCGGAGCCGUGAUUGGUCCACACUUCCUGUCUGUCAAAGUUGACCCCGCCCUCUCAUAAUGCAGCAUGGGCGAAAAUACCAGAUCCGCUAGACCCAGCUGAAAAAUCGGACCUCUUUAUUGGUAUUUUUAAUUUUUAGGUGGUUGAAUCACAGUGAUGUUCCAGCGAUGCCGAUAGUGGAUAAACUCAAAGAGGCUUUGAAACCCGGCCGAAAGGACUCCGGUGAGGAUGGAGACCUCAACAAACUGCUGGCAUCUUCAGCCAAAAAGGUCCUCCUGCAGAAAAUCGAGUUUGAGCCCGCCAGCAAGGGCUUCUCCUAUCAGCUGGACAGCCUCAAGAACAAGUAUGUGAUCCUGAAUCCCAGAACUGAGGGCGCCACGGGGCAGAAGGUUUCCGAGCCCGCUCAGAUAAAGAGGCAAGUCUCGGAGAAUGUGGUCGGGAACCAGAGCGACGGCAUCCCCGCGCCGCAGAAGAUGCUGUUUCCAGCGAACAAGCUGACUCUGAAGUGGGAGCGCGUGUACAGGGUGGGAGCUGGCCUUCACAACCUCGGAAACACCUGCUUCCUCAACUCCACUGUGCAGUGUCUCACCUACACGCCGCCACUCGCCAACUACUUACUCUCCAAGGAGCACAGUCGCACCUGUCAUCAGUCGGGCUUUUGCAUGAUCUGUGUGAUGCAGAAUCACAUCAUCCAAACCUUUGCCAACACAGGCAACGCCAUCAAGCCCGUCUCCUUCAUCAGGGACCUGAAAAAAAUUGCCAGACACUUCCGCUUUGGGAGUCAGGAGGACGCUCACGAGUUUCUGCGGUACACCAUCGAUGCCAUGCAGAAAGCCUGUCUCAACGGUUACCCCAAGCUGGAUAGGCAGACGCAGGCCACAACGCUGGUCCAUCAGAUCUUUGGAGGUUACCUCAGGUCAAGAGUAAAGUGCUCAAUUUGCAAAAGUGUGUCAGAUACGUACGACCCGUACCUGGACAUCGCUGUGGAAAUACGGCAAACUGCAAACAUCGUUCGAGCCCUGGAAUUGUUUGUUAAACCAGAUGUUUUAAGUGGAGAGAAUGCGUAUAUGUGCGCCAAGUGUAAGAAGAAAGUACCGGCCACCAAGCGGUUCACCGUCCACCGGACGUCUAACGUUCUGACGCUGUCGCUGAAGAGGUUUGCCAACUUUAGUGGAGGAAAAAUAACAAAGGAUGUCGGGUACCCAGAGUUUCUCAACAUCCGCCCGUACAUGUCUCAGAGCUCGGGUGAUCCUGUCAUGUACGGCCUCUAUGCUGUCCUGGUGCAUUCUGGGUACAGUUGUCAUGCUGGCCAUUACUACUGCUACAUCAAGGCAAGCAACGGGCAGUGGUACCAAAUGAAUGAUUCAAUGGUGCAGUCGAGUAACAUCAAAGUAGUUUUGAACCAGCAGGCGUAUGUGCUUUUCUACCUGAGGAUUCCUGAAACCAAGAAGACUGUGGAUGGACAGAUCACCAAGCCUGGGGUGAUGCAUUCUGGGAAGAAUAAUGCCUCAUCCGAGCAGAUAAAGAGAGCUAACCUGAAUGGACCUCUGUCCUCCCCACAGGUCACAAAGAAACUUGAGCCGGCUCAGCUGAGGAAGAUUCAGUCCAUGGACGGCGGCUUGGGCUUCCCCAUUUCCAGAAAUGGCGGCAGCGCUCAGCCGCAGCCGAAACUCUCCAACUGGACCAACUCCACCAACGGUCCACCAAAGCUGGGGGGCGGGCCCACGGUUAUCGAGGAGCCUUUCAAGAAGGUGAAGAAGCCCGCCCCUCAGGGCCAGGCGCCGUCACGCAGCACCACCCCCACCCCUUCCAACAACGGGGUCAGCCGGACGGAGGGCGACAAAAAACAAGGUGGCGAGAGCAGAGGAAUGGCAGCAUCUACCUCAUUCAAGUCUUUGUCGGACUCCUCCUCUGCUGACACCACUGAGUCGAAGGACUCCAUCGGUACCAAAAGUGCACCAGCAGGAGAGACUCCCUCCACUCCUCGGAAGGCUUCCAGCAGCCUGGCUUCUCCUGCCAGAAGCUUGGAUCGCUCACAGAGCACAAAAGAGCAGAAGAUGACUAAAGUAAAGCCCCCGGCGCUCAACAGCAUCACAUCUGAAGCCACCAACGCCAUGUCGCCUCCACCUGCCAAGAAGCUGGCCCUGUCCGCCAAGAAGGCUCCCAGUCAGAGUCGGAGCAGCACUGAUGUUCUGUCCCGCGACCCCCCGCAUCGAAAUCAGUUCAAUUCCUUCACCAAUGCCGCGCCCAAUCAUACUCACGGGGUCGGUCCAUUCCAUUCGCCUAAAGCUCAGUCACCAUCCUCUGCCCAUCUCUGUGGAUCCGUACAACAGCCGAGAAUUCUCCUUUCCGACGCCAGCUCGCCUCAUAAAACCAACGGUUUUCACCAUCCAAGCCCAAAGAGUCCCAAGUCUUCCAACAGCCCCAAAUGUAUUACCCAACAGCCAAAUGUUUCCCCCCGAGCUCCAGACGGGAGCCACAAGCAGAAGAAAAAAAAGCGUCGCCAUUCCGAGGCGGAAACGGAGCCGGUGACGUCCUCCGCUCCCGUCACGCCGCCCGGCCCCCUGGAGACGGCGAGCGAAAGGAAGCGCAGGAAAAAAAAGAAGAAGCGGAAGAGGGAGAGCGAGGACGAAGAGAAAAUCGAGGAGAAGGAGAGCGCCUCGCCGACUCCGGAGGAGGAUUGGUGUCAGGGUGGCUUAUGGAGCUUGACGUGUAAAUCGGCAGCAGAACCCUCCAAGAAAAAGCUUCAAAUCGCUGCCGAAAGCGCCAAACUGUGUGAGCCAGCUGAGGAAGAGCAGCACCGAGUGAGGAAGAAGAAAAAGAAGAAGAGACAAAUCGUUCAGGAUCUGCAGGAAACAUCAGAAAGCUCAACAAGGAAUCUUGAGAUGAACUCCACAGACGUUUGUAAUGACACACAAGACUCAGUGUUGUUGAAAAAGAAAUCAAAACUCAAAAAGAAGAGGCUAAAAGAAAAGGAGCGCCUCAGCGACGAAGGCGAGAAAUCCGCCGCGCCUUUGACCACGGAAGUCACCUGUGAGCCAGACGCCUCGGAGAACAGCAAACCGAGCAAAGAAAACUCAAGGGGUGGAGCCUCUGUGGUGAUGUGGGACAGCCAGAUAAAGGAUGGUUCUAAACGCAGUCGAGCUGAUGCAGCAGACGCCCCCAUCCACGUGGCGUGGGAUGGGAAAAAGACCAGCAACGUAGUUGAGGAACUUCUCAAGAACUCCUCGGAUAAAGCUUAUGGAGCAAACGUCCUCACUUGGGAUGGUGAGGUCUCUGCCGUCAGCAGAGAUGCCAUUGAAGAUGUCCGAAAUGCCAAGUUUGACACUGUGAUUGAUGAGUGGGAUGAAGAUUUUGAUAGAGGAAAGGUGAAAAAAAGUCAAAAGCUAUAAAAGGGAGAAGUGGAGGAGCGGCCACAACUCCUUCCAGAGGAUCCAGGACAGGCGGAACAAGUGGUCGGUGACGCUCGGCGGGAAGAGGCCGUUUGGCGUCCGCCGGUGAAAUCUGGAAAUGGAAACCAAGCUGCAUACCAAACACUUUUUGGAAAUCUUUGCAAAUGUGCCAAAUCCAGGACGCUGACAGUCUGGUGAACGGAAACAUCAGAGAAUGUCAGCUCGGAAACCCUUCUGAACUCUGAACAUCACACGGCCCAGCACAUCAAAUAUUUCAAAGGGAACCCGUGAUGGUCUUGAAUAAAAACUGUUCGUUUGCUUUUUAUUAAGGCUCAGUUUUUGGCCCCCUAAAUGUUGGAAUGAAAAAAAAAUGCAACCCAGUUGUAAGGAGUUAGCUUUAAUUUAUUUUAAUUUUUUUAUGUUUUCACUCUUGCUGCAAAAGUGGCGAUCAUAAAGGGCUCACGGUGAAAAAGUGACCUUUUAUUUUGAAAUACUUUACUCAGAGUUAUUCAUAAAUUGAUUUAAAUCCAUGUUUAACCUUUUUUUUGUUUUUAUUUUGUUUGCAAAAUCCACAAUUCUAAUCUUAGUUCUAAAUGUUUGCGUUGCUCCUUACCAGCCUUACUACACUGUGCAUUAAAGUUGAAGGUUUUACAGCGAAACCCCGACGGUGGGGCUUGUUUUAAAUGCAGUAAGUGAUCAAAUGAGUUAUUGAUGUCAUCGAUAUCUUAUCAAAAACGUAAAAUAUUCAUCAAAUAGUAUCAAUUCCCAUCUUAUAUCUUUAUGCAAUGCUCUGACCCUCCCAGAAACUGGGCCAACACUCAGGUACCCAGACCCCCUGUACCUCACCUCCUGCCCUCUCUCUUUGGGCAUCCAUGUCGCAUUGUGUACAUUUGUGUAUAAACUGUUUUAUACAAACUAUUUCAGGAACCACAGGAUCAUCCUCCAUCACUUUGGGCACAUAUUUGUCGAAUAACGAUCAACAGAAGCUUUGUAGACGACUGUACAGUCCAUCUUCUGCUUUAGCCGUGUUGCUGUAAAGAUGCAUUUCUUUUCAUGUUGCCUUGAAUUGGCCAUAUACAGUGUAGAAUUUAAGGCUAUAAAUAUCUAAUUUAAAGAAAUCUUAAAUGUGCGAAUAAUACUCAGAAUAGUUGGUGGAUGUUCACUUGAAAAUGUAUUUGUUUUCAUGUCUGGCUGUUGGAAAAAGGAGGUUGUGAUCGGCGGCGCAGAGCUUCGUCCCGGGACAAACGAACGCUCAGAAAUGUUCUCAUGGAGUCUUGUAUUUUGCACCAACUUUUCUGAUCUGCAAAGAGAACUUUCACAGUGAAAGCUCUUCUUGCGUCAAUAGUUACCUGAAAAGGUGCAAUAAAAUUGUGAUUUCUAUUUUU